GCGGCCGCCAUUUUGGGAGGGGCCCUCACAGCCGCGAGGGUGCCCCAGGCUCUGCGGCCGAGCCAGCUGGAGCAGGGCGGCCCGGCAGCUCUCUGCCCAGGGCCGCAGGAGUCGCGGCCGUCUCCGCCGAGGAGGAGCCCCUCUGCGGAAGCAGGAGCGCUACCGUUCCCGAGGGUGCCGUGGCUGCUCCGUCCGCCUCGGAGGGGCCAGGCUGUUCCUUUUGCUAGCUACCCUUUGCAACGGAGUGAGCAGCAGCAUUGUGCUGCAGAAAAUGUAUGGGAGGAUCACGUCCCCUGGCUUCCCAAAUGUCUACCCAAACCACAAGGAGAGAAUCUGGAAUAUUACUGUCCCCAAGGGAUAUUCUGUCCGCAUUUACUUCACUCAUUUCAACUUGGAGCUGUCCUACCUGUGUGAAUACGAUUAUGUGAAGCUGAGCUCUGGUGGGAAGACAUUGGUUACGCUUUGUGGAAAGGAGAGUACAGACACAGAGGAGGCGCCAGGCAACAAGACAUAUGUCUCCAUUGACAACACCCUGAUGGUGACAUUUCGGUCCGACUACUCCAAUGAGAAACCAUUCACAGGCUUUGAGGCAUUUUAUGCUGCUGAAGAUAUUGAUGAGUGCAAACAGCUGUUUGAUGGCGAACCCCUCUGCAACCAUCACUGUCACAACUACCUGGGGGGCUACUAUUGCAGCUGUCGUAUUGGCUACACAUUGCAUGCAAACAAAAGGACAUGCACAGCAUGAGAUUCUUAUGCUUCUCCUCACUUUGGCAGAGGUGGAAACGUGCUGGGAAGAGAUGGUUUGCCCUUCUUCCUGUCCUGCCAGUAGCCAUCUGUCACCCUCUACCAGAGGCCAGUCUCUACUUGCUCAGUGACUUGUGUGUCUUUGGGUUUCUUGCCUUUCAGAGCUGCCUCCUGGAGACAAUAAAGAGGUCGUUUCUUGUUGAAA